UGCCGCUGCGGAGCAAGAUCUACAAGCUCCAGGAGACGCCGUACCUGGCGAAUCUGCGGAUGGCGCUCGACCAGGCGCUCGACCGGCCGGUCACCUAUUACAAUCGCAAGCGUCACCUACUGAUGAUCUGCUGCAUCGAGCACCUGACCUAUCCGAUCCUCGUGAUCGUUAUCCUCGUCGUCAAUCUGCUCCGUUACCUGUACCUGACGGACUACUUCGGCACCGGCCACUGGAGCGAGAUGUUUCUACUGCAGCCGAUCGCCGUGAGCCUACCGUUGCUGCCGCUGGUGUUCCCCGCCUGCUGGAUAUUCCUCAACUGCUUCGGCAUGGCCCGCUUCAAAGCGCUGUUCAAGCUUUAUCUGUCCGCGAAGAAGCUGCAGUUCGUAGAUCCUUUUGAAGACGCAGACAUCAAUGCUCCCAAUCAUCCGGACGUAGUGUACAACUGGCUGGAACUCAAGGAGUACUUCUUCGACAUUCUUUUCGGCAACGAGCACAUGAUGUCGCGAUCGGGGAGCAUUUUGCACGUGCUGGGCUCUGUAACCGCACUGUGCUGCGUAGAUAAGAAGGGAAUUCUCUCAUGGCCCAAUCCUACCGCGGAGAAAGUUUUUUUUCUACGUAACUCCAAUAUUUUGUCGCCGAGCUCGAGCACCGGCAGCGUGGACAAGACGGCCGACAGGAACCAGGAGUCCGAGGAGACCAAGGUCAACUCCAACCGGACGUCUUACGUACAGCACGAUAUGUCGCACUCCACCGCCGAGGUCCUGGAUCUCACCCACGACCACGCGCUGCCGUUCCGGCUGCAGUUCGACGACCACUCGUGGCGGCAGCACCUCAACUCGCUGAAGCCGCUCGGCCUGGCGAUCCUCCUCAACACGUGCAACAUGGACACGCAGGAGCACUACACGCAGUUCUGCUGCCACGUCACCUGCGAGGCUCUCUACAACGAGAACCUGGUCCCGGUGACGAACAGACGCAGAUGUCUGUGCGAGUUGGCGAAGCAAAUCGGCUUUCAGGACCAGGCGCAGAAGAUCUUCCAGCUGGAGCAGCAACUGUGUACAUUUAGACAUGUACAACCGGAGAUGGUCAGGCGGGACAUAAAGUUCGCGCGCUCGCUGAGCAUCGCGACGAAGCUGAAGUUCCCGUUUCCUCACAUGGUCGCCGUGGUCGUGAAGGAGCGCAGCGGUGGCGGUCUGCAGCUGUUGACGCAAGGCACGUCCGACAUAAUUCUGGACUCGUGCAUCGAGUACUGGGACGGCCACGAUCUCUGCCCUCUUUCCGCGUCAGACAGGAAGAAGGUGCAGGACUUCUACCAGAGGACGAGCUUGACCUCGUACUGCACCGCGUUCGCUUACCGGCCGCUGACGCGCGCCAUCAGCGACAAGAUGUCCGAGAUAUAUCUGGAGCUGCCGGCGGAUAGCAAACACUUGUACACGCCCCACAGGAGCCCGACCCCGUUGCCGUGGGACUUCAGAAACGUUCUCGAUCCCAGAAUACGAGGAAUACUGGGGCAGUUUCAUUCGACAGAUUCCUUGCUGUGCAACGAGAACAAGGACGACGACGUGAGCGACGUCGAAAGCUGCUUCGACGUGCAGUGCAAUCAAGUCUUCAUCGGGAUGGUCACCAUGCAGUAUCAGGCGCAGACCGAUAUGGUACAACUGAUCGAGCAGCUGGACAGGGCGUGCAUAAGGUUCGUCCACUUCAGCAAGGAGAACGAGCUGCGCUCGCGCGUGUUCUCGGAGAAGAUGGGCCUGGAGAGCGGCUGGAACUGCCACAUCUCGUUGCUCAGCGAGGGCGCCAGCACCAAUCUAAACAACAGCCGAGCGAUGAGCAUGUCGGCGCCGAGCGCCAUCAACACGGACUUCUCGACGGUGAAGUUCGACGACGAGACGACCGAGUGGAACAACACGGGCACCUCGCAGGUCAAGAGCACGAUGAGCCACAGGGAGCAGGACACGGUGAGGAGCGAGGACAGCGUCCUGGUGCAGAGCGUCGACCUGGGCUCGGGGCAGGAGGCGUGGAGGUCCCUGAGCUGCCUCACCGACAGCACCGAGCAAAGCGCGCCGGUCAACUUCGACCUGUCGAACAGGGCUAAACUGCCGAGGGGCAUCGACAAGAUACGUCCGCACAUCGAGCUGAUCGACAACGUUCCGCUGCUCGUGUCCCUGUUCACCGACUGCAACACCACGGUGACUCGCGAGAUGUUGCACAUCAUGCAGGACUACGGCGAGGUGGUGUGCGUGCUUGGCUCCUCCGCCAACGCCGAGAACAUGCCGAUCUUCAUGCAGGCCGACGCGGGAGUGGCGGUGGAGCCCUUGUAUCCCCAGGUGUGUCAGAAGGUGCCCGUGUUGGUGCCCACCACGGAGAGCCAGGGAAUUUCUCCCGUCGACCUGAGCAGAGCGCUCAACUCCGUCGCGUGUUCGCUGAGCGUGAAACGCGAGGACCCAGUGGCAAUCUUUCACCUCAUCAUGGAGGCCCGUCAUUACAUGAAGAAUCUAUGGAACUGUAUACAAUUCUGGCUGUGCUGCUUGGUCACGCUCUCGUUUGUGCAAACGCUGUCGGCGCUUCUGCUGCUGCCGCCGCUGUUCUCCAUCGAUCAGGUGCUCUGGCUGUGCUGCUUGAUAAUCCCCAUCCUGUCGACAUCCAUGAUCGCCACGCCGAUCGACUCGACGAUAAUGCAACGCGCGACCGGGAAGAAUCAGUGCGUGGUCAGCGGAGAGGUGACGCUAUUCGUGCUAUGGUGCUACGGCAGCAAAUUCCUGCCGACGAUGAUCACGGUGAUCCUCUCGCAGUGCAUCUCGUUCCUGACGCUCUGCCCCGUCUACGUGCCGCAGAACUCCAAGUGCCUGUACAUAUAUCCGGACCCGCGGGACCAGAUUUGGGGCGGCUGGGGCGGCAGGCCGAGCGUCGUUCUGGUCGUGCAGCAUUUCGCUCUCACCCUCAUAGUCCUGCACUUCGUCACGUUAUCCGUCAGCUUUGUGCACCGCGAGUACUCGAUAUGGAAGAAAAAUCCUAUGAGCAAUUGCAUCUGGUUCCUCGGUGUGUUUAUCGUAUUGUGCGCGCAAGCGGUGUUCUCCGGCAUAGCGUUUCGCAGAUUUUGGCGAGAGGAGGGCAAGAGGAUCGAGAACUUCCCCAUGCACGUGCCGUUGUUCUUUCUGCUCUCUGUUCCGCUGACGUUCGCGGUUAACGAGUUGAUCAAGUGGCAAGAGAUCAAAGUGAACGUCAGGUACCAGAAGAGGGCGCGUUUAGAAUUUGGCACGAAGCUGGGAAUGAAUUCGCCAUUUUAAUCCACUUUGCAGGCGUCUUCGAGAGAUGUCAAAUGCGUUUUAAAAGAUAUACGGGUAAAAGACGUCUCGUUAAGUGUACAUAUAUAUAUAUUAUUAGCGUGUAUUAUGCCGAAAGUACUUUGGUGUCGCGUGAUUCAGUUGCUGCAAAACUCGAGAGGGAGGAGAGACUCCGGCAGGUCCCUUUAAGGGGCUUCAACGGGCUUCGUGUACUUAAUACAAUGCCGUGUCAAAUAUUUGCCAAAACUCGAUUCUACUUCGAACGAAGCACCGGUAUUUUUCUAUAGCGACGUGCGUAUUUAUAUUUUUUUGCGACGUUUUAAUGACACACCGCGAGGACACGCGCGCGCGGUGGUCGCCGAUCGCGAGCUUUCACCACACGUUGGGCCGACGGUGGAAUUUCUAUCUCGUUUUACCGAACCGCUCGCCGAUUAUACGGCGGUUUUCCGCCUCGAUGACGAAUCACUUAAGGCCCGCCAGGCAUCGUCGAGGCGCGUUACUUUUCUCUCGCUCCUGAUUCUGUCGUGAUUCAAGAUGUCCCACAGGUAUCGCCUUAGGUUUCAUUUAAAAAAAAAGAAGAGCGAUGAUUAUUUUAAUAAUUUUGAAAAUUAUGAGAGAAAUUAAAAAAGAUUCUUUUUUUUUAAGUAGCCACAGUAAAUGUGAGCGUGGCUGAGAAGCCUAAGACAUCUUGCAUUUGGCGACCUUAGUACUUACGUAGAGUAUUUGCACAGAAAGAUGUUCCUACUGAUAACUCUUUCGACAUCCUCGUCGACGUUCGAGUUUCGCUCUCGAGUCAAGGUAGAGUCGCAUUAGCCGAGAAAUCGGACGUUUUUUCUUUUCUUUUUUUAGCGUUUGGACGCAACGAUAGUAAUUUAUUUUGUCGUGAUCGCAGAGAUUAGUGAGGAACUUUAGCGAAUUGAAAUGCAACCCUGCGAGAGAUUAUUAGGUAGUCGAACCAAAAUCGCGUUCUUAGCAGAGCGGGCGUCUCGCUGGCACGAGACGGUUCUCCGGGUUGCGCGAGACAAGUGCGCUCGGUCACAUCUGGGCCGCGUGUGAAUUUCCCCGAUUUCCGGUCACCGAUCGAGUGGAACAGCGAUCCUAAUCGCGAUUUUCAGAAUCCGACCGAGCCUCCGCAACCCAGCCGAGCUACCCCUAGUAAAACUUGUAAUUUCCCUCCCUCGCUCUGCUCUCGUGCCAUCGUUCGAUGAUUUUGACCAAUGAUAUCACGAACAUGCAUGCGCAUAUUUAUUGUACAUAUUUUAUUUGUUACUCGGCUUUUUUUAUGCCCUUGAAUUGAUUGAUGCAAUUUUUUAUUCGUCGCGCGAAGUACAACUGUGGAGCCGCAGAAGGGGAAAUUAAAGACACUGGGGUUGCUCGGUCCCUAAUAAGUUAAGAGGGUGCACAACAUUUAGUAAAAAAAAAGAAAAACAAUCAAUUCUUUUUUAUAUCUUCGGAAAGUAUGAUGUUUGCGAAUGUUUUGCCAAUGUAGCAAGUUAACAUUAUCAAACAGACUGUUCGUCUUACUUAAAUCACGGAUCAGAAAUCCAUUUCUUUUCCUUGCUUGUGUGCGGUGAUUGAAGCGAACGGAACAUGGAUUUCUCUCCGAUUCUUUGUGUUACACGACGACAAGUCGGGGAUUUGAUUGUUUUCGGUCUUUGUUAAACCAUUCUAGUAGAGCGAAUUUAUUUUACUAAUAAACUUCCGUUAUUACGGAGUAUCGUUGCUGUUGAUACUGCGUUCUAGGUUUAGUAUUACGCAAUGAAAUGGAUCUUUUUUUUAAACGAAAUAAAAUCUUCAUUAAAAAACACUAAA